AUGGGGACCCACUUUAGGUACCCCAACUCAAUUGAUUGACGUCUCGAAAUUCAUUUUGGCCACCCAACUCUUUCCCAGAACAAAAUAAAAAGCUCAACGAUACCGACACUCCCAUUCGAAUAUUCCCUCACGAGAACCCUCUCUGUUUUGUCGUCGCAAUUUUCAUAAAUAAGCAUCAUGGCUUCUAGAGUCCUGCUUAGCGGGGCCCGAAGCAUCUCGGCCGCCGCCCCGCGCGCUACACGAAGCUUCCACGCGACAGCUCGAACGCUGGCUGAUGCGACGGCACCCUUACCUGUUCGUAAGCCUGUUGGCGCUUUCCGUGGAGGACUCUUCGGAUUCCUUCUCGGCUCGACGCUCGCUGGUGGUGGUAUUUACGGCUACGUCCUACGCGAAUACAAGGCCUCAAACGAACUACUAACGGAGGACAUCUAUGCUCUCCAGGCAGCUUGCCAACGAUUGAACACGUACGUCCAGCAGCUAGAAGAGAAGAUGGAUGCUGCGGAACGAAAAAAGAAAUGAAUAAUGAGGUGGACGAGCGAAUGAGGGUUUGAAUGGACUGGAUGGAUGGCGAGGAUAUUAAUGGUGUAGGAAUAGGCGAUAUCGUUACACGCAUUUUCUCGACAUGCUCUUCAAAAAGAACAACAUUAAAAUUUUGUCUGGUAGCCAGGAGUUAAAAGCAUUUGAUGGCAAAAACUGUACAGAAACAUUGCGCAUUUCGUACAUAUAAUAGUUUCUGUUGGGGCCUUGGAAUGAUGGAUUUUCUCAUCCCACUCGAUUUCUUGGUCUUGAAGGCUGUAAAUACAGAGAUGAUGCCGCUCUCCCUGAAGAACUCUACAUUCGAUUCAUCUAUUGUUGGCU